AUGGCAACAGUAACUUGCAUGCUGGAGUCGGGGCGUAUCUUCAGAAUAGAGGCUGUACAAGCCAUCAACGAGACCAAGAGUUCCAGUCAGACUCUCUGCGUUGUUGAAAGUCGUCAUGUCGUCCAACAUGCUAUGAAGACUCGGCUACAGGAACUGGUUUGUUUUAUUGCUGUGGCCGCCUGA